GCUAAGCCCCGCCCCCUCAGUCACGCAUCAACAUGGCGACGUGCGGAAAUAUGGGGCGAAGCAGGAGAAAUAUUUGUGCUUUUUCUGUCGCUGUUUUCGUCCUGCUGUUAUCCAGCGGCGGCCUGUCAGCUCCGGUAGAAGAGCCACAGGGAGACGCAUCUCAGAGUCUUAGUUUGAGCAGAGAACCAGCUAAAGAGAGUCCAGCAGCUGCAGCCAAUCCCAAGGACCUGACGACAAAGCCCGAAGAUGCGGUGACGGAGCCCAAGGACCCGGUGACGGAGCCCAAGGAUACAGAGCCCAAAGACCCGGUGACGGAGCCCAAGGACACGGAGCCCAAGGACCCGGUGAUGGAGCCCAAGGACGCGAAGCCCAAGGACCCGGUGACGGAGCCCAAGGACACAGAGCCCAAGGACCUGGUGACGGGGCCCAAGGACACAGAGCCCAAGGACCUGGUGACGGGGCCCAAGGACACGAAGCCCAAGGACCCGGUGACGGAGCCCAAGAAUACAGAGCCCAAAGACCCGGUGACGGAGCCCAAGGACACGGAGCCCAAGGACCUGGUGAUGGAGCCCAAGGACGCGAAGCCCAAGGACCCGGUGACGGAGCCCAAGGACACAGAGCCCAAGGACCCGGUGACGGAGCCCAAGGACACAGAGCCCAAGGACCUGGUGACGGGGCCCAAGGACACGAAGCCCAAGGACCCGGUGACGGAGCCCGAGGACACAGAGCCCAAGGACCUGGUGACGGAGCCCAAGGACACGAAGCCCAAGUACCCGGUGACAGAGCCCAAGGAGUCUGCAACAAAUCUUCAGGACCCCACAACAGUAAAAGUAGAAGCUCCUGAAGUGGACCAGAAAACAGGCACAGAACUAAAAUCAACUACAGAGCGUAAAGGAGAUUCUUCAGUCACUAUCUUUGAUUCCUCUGCUGACAAACUGCUGCAAAAUUCUGACGAUGACGCAAAAUCAGAUAAGAAUGACAAAAAUCCUGAUGACGCUGGGGCAGCAGAGGAACAUGCUUCUUCUGAAACCACCCAGGUCUCUACUGUAGAAUCUCCCACAGGCUCUGCUGAAGUCCAUGAACCAACAAAUCCUGUAACGGAAGGAGCAGAAGAAGCUGACUCUGAAUUUACACAGUCCGACUCAGACCUCCUAGACACCACUGGCAAGGAACAAGGACCUCAGAUCAAUAUCGAAGACGAGGAUGAUGAAGAUGGUGAUGUAGAUGGUGAAGAUACCUAUGUGGAUGGUGACCUCACUGAUGUCUCUGACAGUAUAUUUGUCGGAAAUGACGACCCCAAAGACCCAACGGAGAACAGGCGGCAGCAGCAGGCUGAGCAGAUGGAGGAGACCCGAUAUAAGGGAGUGGACAGCUACAGCACAGAGGACGAGGACUCCCACUUCUUCUUUCAUCUGGUCAUCCUGGCCUUCCUGGUGGCCAUCGGUUACAUCACCUAUCACAACAAGAGGAAGAUCUUCCAUCUUGCACAGAACCGACGCUGGAAGGACAGUUUAUGCUCCCGCAACACCGUGGAGUAUCACCGCCUGGACCAGAACGUCAACGAGGCCAUGCCGUCCCUCAAGAUGACCCGAGACUACAUUUUUUGAUCCAGAAGAAGAACAUGUCCAAACCUGCACAGAGCCCACCGACCCUCCUGCCUGGUCGUUGUCCAGAUGCUGUGCUUUGUCGUGGAGCUUAAUCGAUGCUUUCUCUUGCUUUCCAGGCCAGUCAGAGAGCAGGAGAUGUUUGUCUUUGAAACAGAAUUAUUAUUUUUUUUGGUCUGCAUAGAGGUUUUUUCAUUUCUGAGUCAUUCUUGUUUGUUAUAUUAUUUGAAUAUUUUGCCUUUAUUCUAAAUUAAUAACUUCCUGCAAUUUAAUUUCACUUUUUAGUCUUUAUAUUUGUCUUUCUUGGGGGUUGGUUCAGCCUUAUGGUCCCUUUACACCUGUUUUUGUUGUCCUUCUUGUCUUAAUAUUUUUAAAAGUUGGAAGAAUUACAGGUUGAUUAACUUUUGGAUCAUAAUGUAAUGCCCGAUUAUAAGAGUUGGUUAUUUACCUGAAGAUUAAUGAUAGGUUUCUCUCUCAGCAGUUAGCCAAGAUAAGAAUUGCUACACAAAGUACUUCCUGUGUCAUGCAUACUUUUAAAUUGUUAAGGUGUAAGUAUGCAAACAAAGCAGCAAUCUGGGAGAAGCUGAUCCACAUAUGUGCGCUUACAUUUAUUCACAAAUAUGCAGUCAUUCCAAAAACUCCUCAUUAGUCUGCUUUGAAAUGGCUUCUGUUGGAAAAAAGUGCUACAAACUGCAAAAUACUACUUUAUGUAAAGUUUAUGACAUUCAGUUUUUUCUUCUCUGACAGAAAUCCAAUUUUCAUAGAAAUUUAAAAACCAUCUUUCAGCUGUUUCACCAUCAACUGUUUCUAAUUCCAUCUUUGCUAUAAUAGCCUUGUCAUUAUGAUUUAGAAAUCUGCUACACAUUAAACAUCAAGUCAGGGAGGGUGACUGCUCAUCAGGUGAGGGGUAAUGUCCUGUGCUGAAGCCAUUUAAAUGAAGACAGAUGCUGUAUAUCGUUCAGGUUAGAAUGUACUAAUAUAAUAUAUGGAAGAAGCUUUUAUUGCCGGAUUUUUUUUCUUUGUUCAUCAGUUUAGCUUGUCUUAACGAGGUACCUCUUUUACUUCUACUGCCCAGAUUUUGCUAUGCAGAAAUCCUGCGGCUGGCCCUCUUUGUUUUAUGACUUCGGUGAAGUCUCUAUCAACACAAUCAUUGUGGCGGUUCCUCAUGCUCACAGUAGUUUACGCUUUAGUUCCUUCCUGUCGAGGCUUUUUGUUGGACUGCUAUCUGUAAGAAACUUUGCACCCUCUGUUUCCUCACGAGCAUCGAAAACACAAGAACAGACCACAUUGUUUUAUUCAUCACUUAAUUAAUCACAGCCUCUUCUUGUUUCUUCUGCCGUCUCAUGCCUUCAGUAGAAAUGCCACGUGAGUCUACGUAUUUGUUAUCAAUCUAUUGUCUUCAGCCGUCUCGCUCAUGUUCAAGGUAAAGUUUGGGUAGAUUGAUUUGCACUGUGCUCUUCAGCCAUGCUAGCUAGAAAAGAAGUGGAGAAGGUUCCCUGCGUGAAGGUGAUGGAUCAACACUGCUCUUGCAAUCAACAGUAGAAACUGUACAAUCUCUUUUUUUUGUCAAUAAAGCACAAAUUGUGUA